AUGAACACGAACUCGAACCACGAGGAGCAAUCACACAAGGGAAUUAUGAAGUUGGUCAAAAUUACCGCUGCUCUAGCUGUGAGCAUAUUGAUUUUUCAUGCGGCCGAAAGUGCCCGGUAUGUGCUAGCCUCAUUUCAUCUGAUGGACUACGCACCGGGGUCCGCGGAACAACAAGUUGGUGUGUUGUUGAUCGCGUUGUGCUGUUGUGUCAAUCCGUGUGUGACGCUGAACACGAAAAUCUCCGUACGUCGAUUUGUAAAUGAGCGUAUAUUGAAGCGAAUUUCUCAGUGGAAGUUGUCCACCGGUCAAUGGACCAUUAGUAAUGCCAUGGAACAAUGA